UUAAAUUUAAACUAAUACAAUCUCUGUGGGACAAUACUUGGACUCAAAAGGUCCACUUUAUUACUUGAACGCGACCUGUGCACUUGCGGUGUGUGAUUUUAGCUAACAGGGAGUUGAGACGGAUGGUGGGGAAAGCUACUUGGAACAGUAGCUUUGAGAGUUUUACUGCGGUGUUGGAGCAGCUUGAUGAUCAUCACGGAGAUAUGCUGCGACAGUCCUUCUUGUGGCCACUGUACCAUAUGCGAGAUGUGCAGUACUCAGGACAGAUCAUCGAUGCACUUCUAUGUCGGCUUUUGAGACCAGUCGACAGCGAUUCCCUCCACUUCGACCUCGGGGGCAAGGUUGUCAGUUUCUCGAUUUAUGAGUUUAGCUUGAUCGCUGGACUGAGGAUUACGGGCGACUAUACAGCCAUUGAAAGAAGCAAUAGGCUGUACGAGACGUACUUUCAGGAACAUGGGUCAGUGCAUCUACCCGAGUUGAUGGUCGCGAUUAGGGGGUGCGAUCAGAUGUUAGAUAGAUUGAAGCUUGGGCUGGUCUACAUCCUCGAGAGUGUGAUGAGGUGUCAUCAUAAGAAGACUGCCAUCGACAUUUUUCAUUUGGAAGUUGUUGACGACAUUGAUGCGUUCAACAGCUAUCCAUGGGGCCAGAGAUGCUACGAAGACACCGUACAUGUUUUCACCAGAUUACACUCGAGGCCCAGGGGGUCAAUACGUAAAUACGAUACAUAUGGAUUGCCCUUAGCGGUGCAGCUAAAUGUUUAAUAUAAUUAAAGUUAAAGUUUUAGUAUAUUGCAUAUAUGCAUAAUAAGUGUAUGUGUUGCAGAUUUGGGUGUAUGAGACAGUCCCUGCACUGGGAGCCCGCUUCGCGAAGCGAGAGGAAGGGAGACACGAUGCCCUCGAAUGCAUCAUUGGAGAUCGUCGCGAGCGGAGGGAUGUCCCACUGGGAAACAGUUAUCGGCCCUCCUCGACGAUCCUCAAUCAUACCUGAGUUGACGCCGUUGAUGGAGGAGGAGGAUCGAGGUCUUGUGCGGGAUGUAGGUGUUCCGAAGACGAGCAGAUGUCUGAUCCGAGUGUGGAUCGAGAUUGGUGUUAUUUAUAUAGGAGGGCGGUUCAGCUGAUCGACGAUCACCUCCGCCGAGGGUAUCGCCGCCACCAUUGGCAUCACCUCCGCCGAGGGUAUCGCCGCUGCCAUUGGCAUCGCCUCCGCCGAGGGCAUCGUCGCCACCGCUUAGGUGGAGAAGGUCGGCGCGCUACGACAAGAGUUGAUGGAGAGGGUCGAUGAUCUGGGACGAGAGUUGACAGGGAGGGUCGACGAUCUGACGGAGAAGGUCGACUAUAUGACAGGGAGGAUUGACGAUCUAUCCCAUGAUGUUGGAAUGCUACGAUCUUGCGUUGUCGACCUUCAGGAUGCGGUAGCAACACUUAGAGGAGAUUUAGCCGCUAGGCGAUGGGGGGACAGAGGGGAUGGUGGAGAUGAUCGAGAGGGUGGCGGAGAUGGUGAUGGAGAGGGAAGUCAUCCACAUUUUUGGCAUGACGAGACAUUAGAGUCAUUCUGGUUGUCUAUGGAGGGGGAUAGGGUGGCCCCGAUGGGGGGACGACGGGGGAGGCACCGAUGGGAGAGACAGAGGAGGUGGCGACAGAGGAGGAGGCCCCGAUGGGAGGGGCAGAGGAGGUGGCGACAGAGAGAGAGGCCUCGAUGGGGGGGCGGAUAAGGUGGCGACGGAGGAGGUGGCCACGAUGGGAGGGGCAGAUGAGGUGGCGACAGAGGAGGGGGCCCCGGAGGGUGAAAGGACGCCCAUCGUGAUUGAGGGUAAGAGACAUGCUGUUGAUGAGACGGAGCAGGUGGUCGGCAAGAGGUUGAGAGUGCCGUCACAGUACGUUAUUUCUCCCUUCACCACUGAGGCCAAGAGGAGGACGUUCAUCGAUGGGACGUACCCGAACUUAUUCAGAGAGGUGGACAAUGCCAAGUGGAAAGCAUUCGAGACGGAGUGGAGGAGAAUUAUCCCCGGAGCUACCCGCAUGAUAGGUAACCGGACGGUCUCGGAUGCUUACAAGUGGUUCCACAAUAUCAUGACUGCAGGAGUUUGGCUCGCCGACGAUCACAUCGACUUGGCCAUGGACUUGCUGCGAGAUCGAGCUCAGAGACAUCCAAAAUCAUUUGACGUCCAUGGUCGAGUCAUAUUAAACACCGAGCUCCUGCGUGCCGUUACCAUAGAGUAUCAGUCGCUCCAACUUAUGGGUAACGAGUACACGGUGCUCGAAUAUAUGCUCGAGUGGGUCAUAGUAUUGUCGCCGAGUGUCGGGGGAAAAUCAUGGGAGAGUUGUACACAUAUGUACAUUCCAGCGUGCAUCAAUAGGCAUUGUGUUAUGCUGGAGAUCGUUUUUGUUGACACGACUAUAUAUGUGUAUGAUCCAGAUCAUUCAUGUUUAACGCAAGGCCAGUUGGAGCAAAACUUGGAGUCCGUAGCUGUAAUUGUUCCUAUGAUGGCCAGACAAGCGGGGAUGACUGUACAGGAUAGAUUGCAGAUUGUUCGGAAUACGACGACAUCACGAUAGUCCGUAA